CUCGUAAUGCGGAGAACUGCAAAUUGAGAGAUUCACGAUCAAUUCAGCCGCCCACUUUCCAUCUUCGCCAGAUUAGUGUCUCGUUUCGUUGCCUCCAAGCUGGUCUGGUCUCUCCCUAACCGCUGUCACUUUCCCGGGAAAAAAACGACAGGGCAGAGAGUUUCAGGAGCGGAUAAAUCCAAGGGCUUUAGAUAACGAAGUUCUCCGUCGGUGGUAGAAGAUGACUCAAUCCGGAAAACUGAUGCCGAAUCUCGAUCAGCAGAGCACCAAAAUGCUUAAUCUUACUGUGCUGCAGAGAAUAGAUCCUUUCAUUGAAGAGAUUUUAAUCACCGCAGCCCAUGUCACAUUCUACGAGUUCAAUAUCGAGACCAAUCAAUGGAGUCGCAAGGAUGUAGAAGGAUCUCUUUUCGUAGUGAAAAGAAAUGCUCAACCUCGGUUCCAAUUCAUUGUGAUGAAUCGACGCAACACGGAUAAUCUAGUGGAGAAUCUACUUGGGGAUUUUGAGUAUGAAGUGCAAGCUCCUUAUUUGUUGUACCGGAAUGCUGCUCAAGAAGUUAAUGGCAUCUGGUUUUACAACCCACGGGAGUGCGAGGAUGUUGCAAAUCUCUUCAGUAGAAUACUUAAUGCUUUCUCGAAGGUUCCUUUAAAGUCCAAAGUUUCUUCAAGCAAGGGUGAUUUUGAGGAGCUUGAGGCAGUGCCAUCAAUGUCAGUGAUUGAAGGUCCAUUGGAGCCCUCAGCACCACCCUCUACUGUCACCGAUGCCCCUGAAGAUCCUUCCUUUGUGAACUUCUUUAGUGCGGCCAUGAAUAUUGGAAAUAAUGCUCCAAAUAUACCGGAUUCAAGGCAGGCAUAUCAUGCUUCUGCUAUAAACCCUCCAUCUUUGAUUCCUCCUAAUGUUGUAUCAGCUCCUGCACUGGCUCCACAGCCAUCUUUUCCGAUCGCAGCUUCGAAUACGCUAACCUCUCCUUAUGGACCUCCUGACCCAAACAAUGGUACUAAUCAGGUCACUAAUCUUGUGAAGCCUUCUUCUUUCUUUCCACCUCCAUCUUUCUCAUCUGCACCAAUGCGGCCUUCCUUGCCCUCAUCCAUGCCAAUGCCUACACUUCAUCCUCCCCUUAACUUACAAAGCCCAUAUGGGACCCCAAUGCUCCAGCCAUUUCCACCACCUAAUCCCCCGCCUUCACUUACACCUGGUUCUGCCCCUGCUCUCAAUGAUGGGCCUCUUAUUAACAGGGAUAAAGUUCGUGAUGCACUUCUGAUGCUUGUUCAGGAUGAUCAAUUUAUCGAUAAGUUUUACCAAGCACUGCUGAAGAUGCACCAUUCUUGAGUAUCUUGAGAAGGUCAAGAGGCGGAUUUGAUUGAGUUCAAAUGUGUGUGUGAAUUAGAUGUGUACAUAUAACUCACUCUGAAUUAUGUCUAAAAUUAGUGGUUCUUCUCAGUGUAGAGAGUCUGUUUCAGUGUAGAAUUAUAAAGAGUUUGGUUGUUCUUAAAGCUCUUUUUGAUUUGAGGUAUUGCUGACAGAAACGCAUGGCAUGGUGUGAUAUUGCUGCAUGCCCUCUUUCAGUUUCGUACUCUUAGGAACUUUGCUUCCUCAUUCCAAGUUUUGUUGUUUCCAGUAUUUCACUUUCGGGUGAUUCUCAUUAGCUGAGUUCUCUUGUUCCUUAGUGUGUUCUUCACCGUUUUAAUCUAAUUUUAUUUUUGUAA